AGGCAGCUCCAGUUAGUCACACAGAGGGAGUUCACUUUCCUUCUUUGUGAACCUGCUCCUUCUGGUCUUUUCCUCUUUUUUUUUCUCCUUCUGACACCCCACUAAGUUCCAGAGAAAAUGACAUCAAUGAAGACGACCAUUAGGACCAGUGGAAGCGUAGCUGGAGGCGGCUAUGGUGGUGGCGGCGGCGGCAGCAGGAGACCUUUCUCCAGCCAAUCUGCGAUCAUCUCGGGCGGAAGCCGCAUGAGCGGCGCAGCUCGGGCUGGUAGUGUGAGGGGUCUUGGCCAAGGUCUUGGUGGUGGCUCAAGCUACACCUACAGCUUUACUUCUGGCGGUGGUGGUGGCGGUGGUGGAAUGGGCUUAGGCGGUGGCCUUGGCUUCGGCGGUGGAGGUGGAGGUGGUGGUUUUGGCAGUGGAGCUGGUUUUGGCGGUGGUUAUGGUGGUGGCAGCGGUUUUGGUGGUGGCAGUGGUUUUGGUGGUGGCGGUGGUUUUGGUGGUGGCGGUGGUUUUGGUGGCGGUGGUUUUGGUGGCGGUGGCUUCGGUGGAGCUGGAGGUGGCCCCUUCAUUGCCCCCAUCACUGCCGUCCAAGUCAACAAGAGCCUGCUGGCCCCCCUCAAUCUGGAGAUCGACCCCAACAUCCAGGUCGUCCGCACUCAGGAGAAGGAGCAGAUCAAGACCCUCAACAAUCGCUUCGCUUCCUUCAUCGAUAAGGUGCGGUUCCUGGAGCAGCAGAACAAGAUGCUUGAGACCAAGUGGAGCCUUCUUCAGGAUCAGACCACCACCACCUCCAAUAUCGAUAGCAUGUACGAGGCCUACAUCGCUAACCUCCGCAGGCAGCUCGAUGGCCUGGGCAACGAGAAGGUCCGGCUAGAGGGUGAACUGAAGAACAUGCAGAACCUGGUGGAAGACUUCAAGAACAAAUAUGAAGAUGAAAUCAACAAGCGUGCCACAGUAGAGAAUGACUUUGUCCUGCUGAAGAAGGAUGUUGACGGCGCUUACAUGAACAAGGUGGAAUUGGAAGCCAAGGUUGACGCCCUUCAGGAUGAAAUCAAUUUCCUCCGGGCUGUCUACGAAGCGGAGCUGCUAGAGCUGCAGGGUCAGAUCAAGGACACCUCAGUGGUGGUGGAGAUGGACAACAGUCGCAACCUGGACAUGGACUCCAUCGUGGCUGAAGUGCGCGCCCAGUAUGAAGAUAUCGCCAACCGCAGCCGUGCAGAGGCUGAGUCGUGGUACAAACAGAAGUAUGAGGAGAUGAAGAGUUCCGCUGGCGUGUAUGGAGAUGACCUGCGCAACACCAAGGGCGAGAUUGCGGAGCUGAACCGCAUGAUUACCCGCCUGCAGAAUGAGAUCGAGGCAGUCAAGGGGCAGCGGGUUAACCUGGAGGGUCAGAUUGCGGAAGCUGAGGAGCGUGGAGAGUUAGCAGUGAAGGACGCCAAAGCUCGCAUUAAGGACCUAGAGGACGCCCUGCAGAGAGCUAAGCAGGAAAUGGCACGCCAGGUGCGUGAGUACCAGGAACUUAUGAAUGUCAAGCUGGCCCUGGACAUUGAGAUCGCCACCUACAGGAAGCUGCUGGAAGGAGAGGAGCACAGGAUCUCGACUGGAGGUGGAAGUGCCACUAUCCAUGUACAGCAGUCAUCCAGCGGCGGAGGCGGAGGCGGCGGCGGCGGAGGAUUCAGCCUGGAAUCUGCCCUUGGUGGUGGUGGAGGAGGAGGAGGUUAUGGCUACGGCCUUGGCGGUGGAGGUGGUGGGGGCUACGGCAUGGGCAUGGGCGGAGGCGGAGGCGGGGGCUACGGCAUGAGCGGGGGCGGAGGCUACAGCAUGAGCGGGGGCUCCGGCAUUGGAGGAGGCCUCGGCGGCGGAAUCGGGAGCAGUAGCUCCACCAUCACCAAGUCCAGGAUGACCACCUCUUCUUCUGCUAGACACUUCUAGAGAGGAGACCCCCCUAUCCCACAUCCCUACCUAAUGCUAGCCCAUGCACAUCCAUAAAUGCAAAUUAUGUUACUGUUUUUCCCCUUACAAAUAACGACAGAGCUUUCACUGGUCUCGAGUGCUAGGAACGUGCAUCCUGCCUAGAUUUUCACACAUGACGGCACAUUCUUGGGAAAGAAAAUACAAAGAGAUGAAAGUCAUUUUCUGUGGCUGGAAGCAACUUCGACAUCAUUUCCUCUUACAUUAAGUCAAGGCUGAGAAAAAUUCCAUAACAUGAUUUCCUUUCUUAAGUUUUAUUUCUUCCUUCAUUUCACCAACACAGAUCUAUGGAAAAAAAAAUUAACGAGAGAUAAAGCAGGACCAAGGACUGGUAAUGAGUGGCAAUGAAAUAUGUCACUGUUCCAAGGUAUUUGGAAUAGUAAAAGUCAAUGCUUGUGCAAUAGCAGGGAGUGACAGUGAAAUGGUAAGAGAACAACAGCUGUAACACUGAUCUCACACUGUGGUGCUGGCCAACCAUACUGCAGAUGUACCAGAAGCAGCUGUGAGAGGUGUCCUCUGCAUGUAGAGAGACCGACACACAGUCGGAUGUCAUAUUUCAGUCCACUUCUGUCCUAGUGCCCCUUGACUCUAUGGGGCCUUUCUGUGGCCAAAAUGGAAAUUCGAGGUGUCUUUUCCCACGAAGGAGGCGGUCUGUGCUGAACUAGCCUUAAGAAAUCCAGAGGGCCAAAUUCAGUUUUUGCUCGUUCACUUUUUUUUUUUUGCCAGGGACGACACCAGAAAGGGUUGUAAACGGCUUUCUUUUUUUGUUGUAUUUUGUUUCUUUGAAAUUUGAGCAAAAUAAAAAGCUGACUGUCAUGACCAGAUUUAUGCUAAAAUAAUUGACAAUGUAACACCAACAUCCUGAAUAAAUCUGAGUUGUACAAUUACA